GUUUUACAUGAUAAGAGAACCAACAUUCCUAAACCCUUUGAGGUUCGGUGACCGCCAAACGGUAGGGUUUAUAUACUGAAAUCCUAUCAUUCAUUUGGGACAAGAAGACGUCUAAAAGCCCUUAGCCCAUAUCGAUGACCUCUCACGUAAACACUGGUCUCUCGCCGGAGCCGUUAUCGGCUUCCGGACGGACCUCGGAGAAGCUGAGUCUGCCGGCGCUGCAAUCGAAGAUGAAGUGUGAUCCGGAAGGCUACGAAUCGGAGCUGGUACUGGUUUACAACCAAUUCAAAACGUCUAUGGAGCUUUUCGAGCAGCAAUCGGCUCUCAAUUUCACCUCCAUAAGCGGCAUUGGUAACGAUCCAACUGUAGCCAAGGAACUCGGCGAAAGGGCCAUGUUUUUAGCUCAUGUCACUCCGUUUUACCCUCACCAUCUCGCCGAUUUCCCAAAGCAGCUCGCUGAUUUUCUCCGAUCGUCUGCGCAAUCUCUUCCCUCUGGUCUUCGUUGUCAUGUCGCUCAGGCUCUUAUUCUUCUGAUUAAUAGGAAGAGCGUGGAUAUUGGAGAAACUCUUGCUUUAUUCAUGGAGUUGCAGACUCUAGGAGAUAGGGUGAUAAGAAAAUUGGCAUUUUCUCAUGUUGUUCAUAGCAUUAGGAAAAUGAAUAAGAAGCACAAGAAUGAAGCUAAGAAUCGAGCUCUUCAGAAUAUAUUAUUUGCUAUGCUUCAGCAAGAGGAUGAAGCCAAAGCCAAGAGAUCACUUAUCACAUUGUGUGAGCUUCACAGGAGGAAGGUGUGGUUUGAUGAAAGAACAGCAAAUGCAAUUUGCACUGCAUGUUUUCAUUCAUCAUCAAGGAUCAUGAUUGCUUCCCUAUCAUUUCUACUUGAUUACGACAAGAUUGAAGAUGAUGAAGACAGUGACGCUUCUAGCAGUGAUGAUGAAUCGACUCCUCAAUCAUAUCAGCUUGCCCUUAGUAGGGAAGCUGUUUAUAAGGCACACCAUAAAGGUACAAGUUCUAGCAAGAAGAAAAAGAAAGCCAAACUUCAGCGUGCUAUUCGUAGCAUGAAAAAGCAGCAGCGCUUGUCAUCAGAAAGAAGCGAUUCAAAUUACUAUUCACCACUUAAUCAUUUGAAAGAUCCACAAGGAUUUGUAGAGAAGCUGUUUUCCCGCCUUCAAGCUUGCAAUGAGCGAUUUGAGGUCAAGAUGAUGAUUUUGAAAGUAAUUGCCCGAACAGUUGGGCUUCACCGCUUAAUUUUAUUGAGCUUCUACCCUUAUCUUCAGAAAUAUGCUCAGCCUCAUCAACGUGAAGUUACAAAUUUACUUGCUGCAGCAGUUCAGGCCUGCCAUGAUAUGGUGCCUCCUGAUGCAGUUGAACCAUUAUUCAAACAAAUAGUCAACCAGUUUGUGCAUGACCGUUCACGUCCAGAGUCCAUUGCUGUUGGGCUCAAUGUAAUAAGGGAAAUAUGUUUGCGAAUGCCUUUGCUGAUGACAGAGGAUUUGCUGCAAGAUCUUGCAUUAUAUAAGAAAUCACAUGAGAAGGCAGUUUCAAUAGCAGCCCGUUCACUUAUAGGAUUAUUUAGAGAGGUUUGCCCUUCACUGCUGGUUAAGAAGGAUCGCGGGCGCCUUACCGACUCAAAAGCAAGGCCAAAGGCAUAUGGAGAGGCCAAUGCACUCAGCAAUGUUCCUGGUGUUGAAUUGUUAGAUAAUGAUGAGGAGGAUGGUCAUGAUGUUGAUGAUGCCACAUCGAGUGGCUCUGAUGAUGAACUUGAUAAUGAUAAGAUGGUUGCUUCUAGUGAUGAUGAAGGCAUUCAGGAAUCUGCUUAUGAUAGUGGAAGUGAAGAUGAUGAUGAAAUAGAAGAAAUGGUUUCAGAAGAUGAUGAUGAUGGUCACAAUAGUUUAGAUGAUGAUGAGGAUGAGGAUGAUGAUAUUGAUGAGGAGGAAGAAGCUGAGUCUGAGGAUGAGUUAGAAGAGGAUGAGAAUGAGGACGAGAUGAAGGAAGAAGCCAUUGAUAAUGAUAACAUGGAUAAUGAAUGUCGAGUGAAGGAAUCUAAGUGCAAAAAGAGAAAAUUGUCAAAUUUUGAUAAACAAGUUAUUGCUGCUGAUACAAGUCUUCGGGCUUUGAAAAGAUUAGCAGGAACAACAUUAGUGACUACGUCAUCUGACUCACCGGAUGGUAUUCUUUCUAAUGAAGACUUCAAAAGGAUCAAGGAAUUAAAGGCAAAGCAAGAAGCAAAAAUUGCCUUGACACAGCACGGGUUGUUAAGAAAGGGCUCAGAUGCUAAGUCAAAUGCAGUUAAAAUUCCCAGUUCUGAUCAACUGAGUGUCAAGCGAGUGGAUCCAGCGAAGCUUGAAGCUCACAUACGGAGAAAGCUAAGCAAGGAAGAAAGAUUGGAACUGGUGAGGAAAGGAAGAGAGGAUAGAGGAAAGUACCAGGCUCGAGCUGCUGUUAAACAGAAGAAGACGGGAGGUCUGAGCAAUCGGCAGAAGGAACACAAGAAGGCUAUGCCUCUCGCUGCAAAGAGAUCAAAGGUGGCGAGAACCCGAAUGGAGAAAAAUAAAAAACAUAACCGCUCUGGCAAACAGUUCCGAGGGAAAAAGGCCUGGAAAUGAUCAAGAGCUUCCAUUCUAUUUGUUAAGGUAAUUAUGAAACUGAUAAGGGUUAAAUCCAGGUCAGCUAAAGGGGCAGGUUAUCAAAGGAUUUCAUCUACCCUAUCUCAAAUAUCUCUCUUAACAAAAAUAGAAUCGACAACUCUCAAUUCUUGGAUUUGAUCUGGGACCGUUUAGGAAACAGUCACUGGGCAACGCAUGUGGGGAGGGCUAGCACCUUUAAGCAGCAACUUCCAGCUGGUGGACCAUCACCAAUCUAUUCACUGUUGAGCAACUAGUGAUGUGAAAUGAAGUUCUUUGUUUUCUGUUUUUCUUAUCCCUUUUGUUUGUAUUAUUUAUCUGAAAAAGUUGACUCUCCUCGGUUUCCCAAUUAUCAAAAACAGUGGUUACCACUGAAUCAAAUAUCUCGCUAGAUCAGACUGGCAGCAAGCAUCCUAUAGUCCCAAGCCAAAAAAAAAAAAAAAAAAAAAAAGGGUGGGGGAACCAGAGCACGCCCAAUCUGCUCCACUUGUCUCUGUAAACUGCGGAUUGCUUUUCCUGUUAUGGUCAAACAUCAGUCUCCCGCUUCCUCUUUUUUUUAACCUUUGAAACAGAAAAGUUGUUGCCGGUACAAUUACUGUUCAAGUUCAAUAGAAUAACAGAAUUUGAUUACCAACUUGUGACGA